GCUGCCGUGCGUUAUUACGUGGCUUAUUCUCGCAGUGGCCCUAUAUCGUACGGCUGAUAAUGAGUGAAAGGGGAGAAGCUGUCCGCUGCAUGCUAAACGCCGUGCAGCGCGUAUAACCACAAACGGAUAUGUGCUUACAUGACGCAAAGACGGUGUUUGUUAGCCAGUAGCUAACGAGAAAAGGCAGUCGAUUUUAUUUUGACCGAAGCUUUUGUUAACGAUAGGUAAGUAUUGCAAUACGGGCGCUAUGCUCUCUAUGGAUAAGUCGACAGUUAAUUUCGUUCCUGGAUACAAUUUAUGAUUUGUAAAAGCUUGCGAAUUAGGAGAUGGCAAGAUUGGGAGUUAUUUUGCCUUAAUAAUGAUCGUUUAUCUGUUGUCUUGAAUUUUAGUCCCAUCUAGUUAGUGGAGAUCUUAUAGCAAUGGCACAUUUAGUUGUAAAAAAAAAAAACAAUUUCAAGAAUAAAAUCAUUAGAUAAUGGGUUUUCUUUGCUUGGUUCAGCAAUUUUUCAUUUCGUUACUGCUGCUGUCGUCCUGUUAGAUCUGACAACAAGAGCAACCAGUUUCUUACAGCUGACUUUCGGCAAGUGAUCAGCAACGUUGAAGAUUUUAAAUUACAAUUAUGUUUUUGUUUUGCUAAAUAUCGUACAUGUGUAUUCCUUUGCUUUACUCAAAAAUAGAAAAUAGGCGUAAGGAUAUUUACAGCAAGUUUAAAUAGUGACCGUUGAGGCCUUGCGGGGGAAACCAGUGCGGUCUGUCUGAACUGAGUCGAAAGUUGUGCCGGGCUGAAAAAUUCGUAUCGAGAAUUCGGAUCGGAUAAAGGUGCGUAUUUGCGUUUACCUCUUGUAUAUACAUGAUAGACAGAAGAUGCAAGAUGGCGGCGUUUAUGGCACAUUUGGUUAGACUGAACCCGUUUUGCAUGCGUCAAGGAUAAAAUCAUGAGGCAGGUGCAUUCUUCUAUAUGCUAACUAGAACGAAUUGGACAUAUUCAUAAUAUUAGGGUAACUGUGUCGCUCAAACCCAUAGCCGAUAAAGCCAGGAGAAAGGCGGAUAGAGAGAUCACUUACUGUGAGUGGCAUGCUUUGAAGGCAUCUUCUAAUUGCAUCUGAUAUAUACUAUUGACUUUUGGUAGCAACGAAGCUCGAUGUGACCUUCCCUUGUUCAGAUAUAGAUUCCACCGAAAUAGCAAUUUUGCGCUAUACUAGCAACAAAUAUAUAUAGCUUAAUAAGGAAAUCUUAAGACUAAAAUUACACCGGACCAUUAUCAUUAGCGCUACCUACUUGUAUCUAACAUCAACAUCGAGUGACCAAGUCACUGGCAAAUAGUUUUGUAAUUUCGAUGGGUUGUCAACAUGAGUUGUCAAUUAGAAACUCUGAGCCGCGCCAGUGGCUUCAUUGGUUAUUCGUGUUGUGGCCAGCAAUUAGUCCUGCUAAGGAUAUAUGAUCAUUGACUGCUCUCACGAGCUAAAACUUUGUAAAUGGGAACGGUUGACAACAAAAUGGCUCAAACUGGAACAGCUGGCCAUAUCAACAAGGUUUAGAACUGCAUUAGUUUUACUUAAUGCCGCUGGUCUCGCUAGACGGCGUGGCCAACUCCAGGUCGUGACGUGGGAAGCUUAAAUGGAUCUUUAUAAUGUAGACAAGAGGCCUUUUGGUGUUCGCCGUUACCGACGGGUUAAUUCUAUCACUCAAAAAGAGUCGGCUAUUGACCGCUUUUUUAGGGCUGUAAGUAAAUUGAGUCGACCUUUGGCUGACUUGUAAAGUUCAUUCAAUUCCGUUUUCGGGACCUCAGCACGUUUUUUUUAAAAUUAUUUUAUCUAUUCUUUUUUUUUCCUUUUUCUUCUUUAUAAAUAUUUAGAUAUGAUGUAUCAAUUCUGUUUCCGGAAAGUUACUAGGAUUCAAGGAUUUUAGGCUCUCACAUAGCAUUAGCUUGCUGCCUCAACAUGACGCGGUGUGCGCGACGUUGUCGUGACAUGCCUUUGAUUUCUCCGGGACGUACGUGAAUCGAGUUGGCUUGCAGCUAAUAGAGUCAGCUAACCUACUGACUCCAUUCCUGGGUCGUUGUCGAGACCUAAAGAUCGACCAAAAUCAGGGGGAUGUGCUUGGGGCGAGUCUACCUUCCACUGAAUGAACGUCGCUGUUACCAAGUCGGCCAGCCCACUACGGCGUCACCAGUUUUCACAGUCAAUAUUUUUUCAGGUUCUCAAAUUUUUUUAGUAAGGCAUAUUAACGUACGAUGCAAAUAAUAAAGAUUGAUUUUGUUUCCGAAACGUCUUCAACAGCUUAAGGUUUUUUUUCUUUUCCAUAUAGUAGAUUGUUGUACAGAUUAGUGAAUGAGGAUGCAAAUGUGAUACUUUGAUAUUUUUUAUUAAUGGACUGAUGAGACGGCACUAAAGCUUACCAAUUUGUUUAAAACAUUUUUCGAAUAUAUGUUUUUCUUAAUAUUUGCAGUUUUCCUCUGAAAGUAGGUUAGGUAUUUUGCAUAAGGACUAGAAUUACGCUUUGCUAUUUUCGUUUAUUUUUAUUUUAAAUAUGUUAGAAAAUUAUGUCAGAAUGCAUUCUCACCUUCCAUUCUCACAUUGAUUAAACAAACAUACCGUGUUUUUUAUUAUUUGUUCAUAUAAUAUCAAUUAAGAUUCAUGUACUAAUCUAAGUAUGGAAGGAAGAUACAUUGCUUGUUCACUCAGUUGUCGACAUCUACCCAUUGACGUGAAGGAAAAGUGCAAAGAACACUUCCAUAGGAAAAAUCGAAGAGAUUUUUUUCCAUAUUGAAACAUUUGGAAAAAGGUGUUCAAUACGAGUCAACAUGUCCGUCACGCUAGCCGUUACAACUUCCCAAUGAAUCUUAGAAGCGUAGUCAAACAAAUACUUAAGGGUGGUUCGAAACACAUUUUCAUCACGAUUAGCACUCGCAAGAAAGUAGAUCCCAUAUCCGGUUUUUCUUCUAUUUACUUUUCAUGCACUGUAUUUUAAAUCAGCCCGUUGGCAUAUCUUCCACCGAACAUUUCGGCAUUUCUCGUCAAAUAUAAAUUGACGAUAAUCUAUGUAAAGGUUUUUCUUAGCUUAUUUUCUUCUUACAGAAUGGCUAACACAUAUCAGAUUAACUCUUUUACAUUUCGCAGAGUAAAAUAUUCAUUUUCGUUGCUAUAAAGAUGUGUGAAUCCUUUUAGACUCAGGUCGUUGCAAAGAAAACCUCUCUACAUAGAGUACCAUCUUGAGUUUUUCUAGAAAUCAAUAGCAAGGUAGGCAUCCUGUAUAGUAUUUCGAUCGGCCUUGUCCGAUGAACCGACCUAUCCUACAUGAAUUUCAACAGAGCUUCAUUAACGUUCGCUAGAAGACGACUACAUUCGAUUUUUCACCGCAAACUAUCAAAUUUCGUAUGUGCGUAUAAUUUGACGCAGUCCGUUGAAAUCUAUCGAUUGAUGCGAGAAAAAUCUCUUACAUGGAACAUCACUUAUACUUCGACUCAGCUAGAUGCCCCCCCUUACAUAGACCUCUGUACGUAUAUAUUCAGCUGUUAUUCUGAGCGGGAAAAAAAUUUCAAGAAGCCUGCUGAACUGUAGUCAAUCUAAGCUUCUAUAAUCUAUUGACAGACGUGUAUGAAACAUGCCGAACUGAAACACUCGAAAAAAAUUUACAAAACGUGGAGAAAAAAGGAUUAAGCUUAGAAAAAAAACUAUUGUAUAUAUUUUCCAUGUAAAAAAAAAAACUCGUAUUUUAUACAUGUGUACUCCGAAAGUAGACGUAACGAUCAAUUGUAGGCUGGAAUCGAAUCAAAAUUCGAAUUUUACCGCUGCCGAAUGAAGUACACGGUAAAUCCGUUCAACAGCUCGAUCAUAUUACGUAAUUUACCACAGUUAACGAGUGUUCCUUUGAGUAGGACGCUGAACCAGAGGACGGGCUUGUUUAUAUCACCGAUUGACAGCCAUAUUCUAACCCUUUUUGAAAACUUCGCUAUCGUUGGUGCAUUAGUGCACACUUGUCAACUACUGUGAGCGGCGAGGGCAAUCUAGAUGCCCGACGCUUAUCCGUCCUGUUGACGCACGCUAUUACUUUGAAACAGUAUUACAAAAAACGAUUACGGUGUGUUUGUUAGAGUUCGUAGUCGUCGUUCAUUGUCUGCUUGAUUAUAAUCGUCAAUCUCAAUUUUAGUAACUCAUCUAUGAGUAUUGCGUUACAUUGUUAUAUAGCGAAACUGCAGUUGCACUUCGACGUACUCGCCACGAAGUUCACUCCACGGGCUGUACGAUUCCGAUCAAAUGUUGAAGAGCCGUAGCCUUAAGAACAGUGGGGCGGGAAACCUGGAGGGAGAGUUCAGCGGAGCCAACACAUUUCAACCCAACCAUCCAAAUAACACAAAAGCUGCCGUAAAGGCACGGAGUACAAAUCGCAGUAACGACAACGGUGACGGUGGCGAUAACCUUGGACAAGGAAAUCGUGUUGCCAACGACGGGGCGCGCAGACGGCGGAAUGGAGCCAACUAUAACGAUAGGAGAGGCACCGGCACUAGAAGGCCAUAUAGCAAUGCUAUAUAUCCCCCGAUAUCGGAGCAUCUUCUUCGUAAACUUACAGAAGAAUGCGACCCAGAUCAGCUGGUCAUCGCGCUUGAAGCAAACCCCACAUGGAAAAGACUCUUAGCCUCGAAUUUUACAGUUGGAGAACUGAGCGCCAUUCUAUCAGCGUGUGCAAAAUGUGCAGAAGCCCAUGGCACAGGUCUGUUAAGAGCUUUUGUUGAAAAUGUCCUGACGAACAAAGAGGGAGGCGGACAGCAUUUUGUUACAAGGGCUGCAAAUCUGCUAGGAAACACACGUUUUUUAACAAACUUCACAACGGACUCGUCUCUUCCUGAGCGUACCGAAGGUCAGGGUUGUUCGUCGCAGGCGCAUGUCUCAGAAAGCUUAUUAAUAGAGAAUGCCCUUAAACUCGUUGAGGUUAAGGAGGAAUUGAACGCGACAAGAUACUCAACCACGGACAGUGAAAAAAACACCAGAGAUCGAAGACCGCGUAUCUUGCGAGGUUAUCGCAUCACAGGGGCAGCCCCUAAUAACUUUCGCGAAAUGAGCAUUUUACCAACGAAAGCAGAUCUCGAUCAAGAAACGCCUUUUCUCAGGAAAAACAUCAUCAAGGGAAGCUAUAGUGACGUAGAAGAUUACCUGGACGUUCAGUUUCGCCUUCUCCGGGAGGACUACGUUACACCGCUGCGGGUUGGUCUGCAGCAAUUUCGUGGAUUGGAGCUCCAGAACAGACGGCAGAAGUUAAAUAGCAUUCAGGACGUACGAUUCUAUCUGGACGUUAGAUUCAGUAAAGAGUUUUCAGAAAGGACGUUUGGGAGUGCAAAACGUGUCGUCUUGCAACUGAGCAAACAUGAGUUUAGCCAAAUUGAUUGGGAAAGAAGCAAGCGUCUGAUAAACGGAUCGCUCAUCGGCGCGUCGCAUGACAACUUCGAAACCAUCGUCUUCUUAACAGUCAUCGGGAGAGAUCCCGAUAAUUUGAAAAAAGGCGUGCUUCAGCUCGAACUUUGUCAGUGUGAAGAUGCGGUUUAUUUCAAGACGGGAGUCGAUUAUUCGCUCAUCGAAAGCAGCGGAGCCUAUUUUGAAACAUACAGGCACAAUCUAGCUGUUCUUCAAAUAAUAGAGUCGGAAAACUUCCCUUUUGCAAAAAAUCUUGUUAUGGUUGAAAAGGAGAUUCGUCCGCCGCAGUACAUGGGUUCUGGGAAAAUCCUGGACGUAUCGCCGAUUCUCAAAUCCACCACCAGAUCAAGCCCCUCUAGCCCUAUGUACAGAAUCGAGCAAGACAGAAAUGAGGACACCAAGUUUCAUAUUCGAGGCUCGCAUGGUUGGCCCCCGGUGGAAGACACUUGUCUCAAUCGGGCCCAGAUGCAGGCGUUAAUCACCGCCUUUGACAAGGAAGUGUGCAUUGUCCAGGGCCCCCCAGGUACAGGGAAAACGUUCCUCGGACUAAAAAUUGUGGAGAUGCUGUUGCUCAACUCUAUCACUUCUAAGCCGUUGUUAAUUGUCUGCUACAGCAACCACGCGCUCGAUCAGUUUCUUGAAGCGAUCCUGAAAAUUACGAAAAACAUAGUUCGCAUAGGGGGUCGCUGUCGAAAUGAGUCGGUCGAAAUUUAUAAUCUGUGGAAACUACGGUGUCGACACGAACGGUCCACGGAACCACCGUUCAGCGUAAAUAACGUAAACGAGGAGAGUAUUCGUCAACUCAUCAGAUCGAAUCAUGUUUGCUGCGAUGGGUUGAAAGAGCGUAUCCAGGACACACAAAGUUUGCUCGACCAGCUACUUGGACGGAAAACGUUCGACGUGUUUUAUGAAAAGCUGAAGCUCCCAUUCCAUCAGUUCAUUAAACUCGAUACCGUUAUUGAGGAGUUCCAAGAUAAACAAGCACAGAAUGAACAUGCAGAGGAAUUCGACAAGGAAGAGGACGGCUAUUUAAGUGACGAAGAUCGUGGAACACUUGAGGAUAAUAAGCAGAAGGAGGAUGCCAACUCUGCAAUCUUCAACACGGUGCACGAGCAGGCUGUAUUUGCCCGACUAGGAUCGUGGCAACAGCGUUUUGACAAUAUCCACCAUCUAUUAUUGGCUGAGUUAAAAGUGGAGCAAAUAAGUAAAUUAUCUUCAAAGGGUGAGCACGUUCCGGAAGAGCUGAAACUUAACUUAGACGAACGUUGGCUAAUAUACCGUAAGUACCAUUGGGAGUACGCACUGAUACAGGUUUCCGAGUACCUUGCACGCUGCGCAAGAGCACAAACAGCUAAUUAUAUUUAUGUAAGUCGAGAAACUUUAGCCGAAUUUGAAAGCGCUGCGAGAAAGCCCAUGGAAGAAGAGGAUAAGAUUAUGCUGGUUAUUCAAUGCUUGAAGGCUGGACUUUCGGAGUUGCGACGGGAACUAAGUCAAAAAAUACGAGAGCUGAAUGAGCUGGAGUUAGCGCUUGACUUGGAACUGACACAAUACAAAGCCGUAAUUGGCAUUACUACGACAGGCGCAGCGAAGUAUAAUCGUUUGGUGCAGAGACUUGCUUGUGAGAUUAUCAUUAUUGAAGAGGCGGCUGAAAUUCUCGAAGCGCAUUUGAUAACUGCUCUCAACCCUCAGACGAAGCAGCUGAUACUAAUAGGUGACCACCAACAGCUGCAGCCUUCGACUACAGUCUUCGCUCUUGCCAAAGAUUUUGGAAUGCAGGUGUCGCUUUUUGAAAGGCUACUCACAAAUGGACUACCGUACGUCCGGCUACAAGAGCAACAUCGUAUGCGAGACGAAUUCCUUCAACUUCUUGUACCGACGAUCUAUGAAGACUACUUCUCGCAUAUCAGCGUUUACCAAUAUGAACACGUUCGUGGUGUAACUCAAGAUCUGUGCUUCGUCACACAUACUGAAGCUGAAGAUGCCGAACAUGAUUCCCGUUCGAAAUCUAACGUAUUUGAAGCACGCUUUGCGGCACGACUUGCAUUGCAUCUACGAAUGCACGACUACAAACCUGAAGACAUCGUUAUAUUGACGACAUAUUCGAGACAGGUGUUUACAAUCCGCAAUGAAUUUCGAGCGAUCAACAAUGAGAUGAACUACACGAGUAUGAAAAAUGAAACAGUGGGGCCCAAGAAAACUACCCGGCGAGUUGCUGUUGACCACCAAAAGCCAGUAUCACCGUUCGAAGGUAUUCGUGUGACUACAGUUGAUAACUUUCAAGGCGAAGAAAGCGAGGUGAUCAUUGCUUCCUUUGUGCGCAGCAACGAAGACGCAAAGAUUGGGUUUUUGUCUCGUGAGAAUAGGGUAUGCGUUGCCUUAUCUCGAGCCAAGAAGGGCCUCUACUGCGUCGGUAACCUCGCAAUGCUUGCUAAAGCCUCCGGGACUUGGCACGCCAUAUCAGCUAAGUUGCUGAAUCGAGGCUGUGUCAAAAAAGGUAUUGAACUCAUUUGCGAACGUCACAGCCGAAAAUUGUUGGCGUCAACACCAGAAGAAUUUGCAGCAUUUUCGUAUGGUGGAUGUGAUCAGCCGUGUGACGCUCGUUUAAAGUGUGGACAUGUUUGCACCAUGUCCUGCCACAAGCACGACGCUAAUCAUGUAGAGUAUAAGUGCUUAAAGGCUUGCCGACGUCCUCGCUCGGAGUGUAAUCAUCCGUGCGUAUUGCAGUGCUUCGAAGAGUGUGGAGAUUGUACCGUGAAAGUGGUAAAACGUUUACCUUGUGACCAUGAGGCGGUCGUCCCGUGUUUUAUGCCUGUCUACAAAGUUAUGUGUCAUUUGCCCUGUGAACGAUCUCUGGGCUGUGAGCAUCCGUGCAAAAGCCAGUGUUAUAAGUCCUGCCCGAAAUGCAUGGAGUUCGUGACAGAAGAUUCACCUUGUGGCCACAAGGUAACAAUCGUGUGUCGUGACAGGAAAGACCCAUUUAGUCUGGAAAGAGCCUGCACGGAAAAGGUUUCAUUGAAGCUCAGAUGUGGUCAUAACAUAACCGUUCACUGCAACGACAGAAAUAAUGUUGAAAGUCUCCGGGCUAAAUGUAAUCAACUUAAGGAUGUUCAGUGUACAUUUAAGCACGAUCUCAAAGUCGCCUGUCAGGUUGAUGGCCUGGAUAUUGAUCGCCAAUGUACUGCGAUCAGCUCUGUAAAGCUAUUCUGCGGGCAUGAGAUGAAAACAGUCUGCAACAAAAUGCAAGAUGCAAAAGCGGACAGAAUUAAUCUAACGGCUAAUUGUAAAGAGCUGGUACCAUAUCCAAGUUCUUGCGGACACAUCGUCCGGAUCGCUUGUUGCAAAUUAAGAUAUAUGCUUUCUUCCACAGAAAGUUCCAUUAGAGGUAUUUGCAAUUUCCAAAUCGAAGAGACGCUCGAUUGUGGACACACUCAUAAAAGAAAAUGCAAUCAGCCGCAGGUUUGCACAACAAUGGUCAAAGUAGAUAAAACUCCUUGCAGUCACGAAGUAUUGAUUCCUUGUUGGGCUCAAAAAGAUCAGGAGGCGUUGAAACAUGCUUGCCAGCAGCGCUGUCAACAAACACUUCUAUGUGGCCAUAAGUGUAAAGGCGAUUGCGAAAGCUGUCUACAGGGAUCAUUCCAUAAGGAAUGUCCAAACAAGUGCGGAAAAGUCCUGUUCUGUGGACACCAGUGCCCAUCGAUUUGUCACGAUCAGUGUUUACCAUGUCAAGUCGUAGAACCUCAUCGGUGCCAUCAUACACAAAGAGCAACGCCAUGCAUGUCUAACGAUAACCCGUUCGAUUCAUGUGAUAAGAAGCCUUUUCACCCAUGUGACCAUAUCAGGCCUUGUGCUGAAGACAUAUGCUUGAAUUGUAUUUGUCGCUGUAAUGAACCCUGUAAAAGGUUUAUUAAAUAUGGUAGCAAAACUAGGCAAAGAAAUUACAGAAAAACAAGAAAUUGUCAGCAUAAUUGUGCGGGCCUAUGUGGAGAGUCGUGUUUUACCUUGUGCCGCGUCUGCGAUAAAGACAAACUACACCACAUUCCGGUAGCCGACGGCGUACAACAGGGUAAUGCCCGUUACAUACAACUGGCGUGCAAUCACAUUUUCGAAGUACAAUGGUUAGACAAAUAUAUGGAGGAGCAGAUGCUCGCAAUUCGUCACCGUCAAGAGCUCAAGUUUCCGAAGUGCCCAAAAGCUUCUUGUCCAGCUCAGAUUCGUUACGUACGUCGCUAUAAUUUCAUGCUUUUACCAAUUCGCCGAAAUAUGGCAACAGUAAUGACCCGCGUGUUUGGGGAUUCGGCUGUUGCCCGAACUUCUCUACAGACUUUGUUCAAGAAUACCAUUGAAAGUUCCAACUUUGAGGACUACGAGAAGUGCAGACUACUAACGAGGGUAAACGAGCUGCUUAACUUGAGGUUAUCGCAGAACACGGUAGACUGUUUUGCCACACUAGUGAAGAUCCUCGAAGAGCAGAGAGCUAACCUUCCUGAUAUCAUGGUGUGGCGACUUACAAAUACUAAGUACUACCAAAGGCAACUAUUUUCAGACGUCGUACGUUUCCUUCGUUCGCAGAAUAUGCCACCAAUUACAUUACCCCCGGUACCUGAACAAACUGAGCAUUGGGGCGCUUGUGGUCAGCAUGCCUAUUUUUCUCGACAAGAGCAUAAAUACUGCCAUCAGUGCCCACCGCGGAUAGAAGAGAAGCCCGAGCCUAACUCUGAGGACAGCCCUAACUAGAAGAACAAUAAAAGUUUAAGGAAAGGGAGUAAUUAGAAGGCCAGGUUUUAAAAUGAAUGGUAACACUAAAAAUUAAGUAGCGAAGAACCAAGUCGUACGUCUACGUAAUAAUAAAUAAUACAGUUCAAGUAUAGCGACAAAUAUAAUUCUAGGAAACUAACGCGCGCCCAAUGCCGAUUUUCUAACGUUUCUUAAAAAAAAAACAUCGCAUUAAACUUCUAUUUAAUUUCUAUGAGAAAUUAAAUUGGUCCGUUAACUUAAAAAUGUUAGCUUGCAAUGUUAUAUUCAAUUUUAAAUAAAUUACUUGAUAGUGUGUUGAUUACUUGAAAGUGCAUAGUUGAUUACAUAGUUGAAUUUCAUUCAUAAUAUUCAACUAAUCAUUUUUGGGCUAAAGCUUUUAUGUGGACAAUGUUGUUCUAUUACUCGCAUAACAUGUGCAAUAAGACAACAGUAGAUUAAGUGUGUCUCUCAUUGUUUAUUCUGUUAGUACGUUACCUUUUCUAGGACGCCACACGUGCAGAUUAGAUAGAAAAUUAUUUGUACCUUUAAUAGGCGAAUUUUCUCGAUCAUAAACAAGUCGGCAAUCACUUUUGCGGUUGACUUUGGAAGCAGAUCUGCUCUUUCAAUUCCGAGAGAAUUGAAGAGCAAACGGCACUGCCUCAAGGAUCAAAAUAUGGCAAUUCUACUCAAAAUUUUUUUCACGAACUACCUUGGUAACAAAACAAUGGUGAGAAAUUAACUCUCAAGCAGUUUCCAGCUGAGAUUGUUUUUUCUCUGGUGUGGAUCUUCCCGUGUAUUUUGCUUAUGCUUCUUCUGUAGCCACAUAUACAUUUGCGAUCCCCUGGACUGUCGAUUUGGGUUAGACAGUAUUUAUCAAUGGUAUCAAGUUUUUUCAAUCAUUUUUAAAUUUUUUUCG